CUGGCAUACGAAACGACCAAACAAUGAGGAGUCCAUACAGCAUUUGCUGGCGACAGGUCGUGCAAAAAUCAAGGAAGGCACGCUAAUUAUAACCGCAGUCGAUCGAUCCGACAGCGGAGCCUUCUUCUGCACUGCCACCAACUCGGAAGGCAGCGAAACUUUGGAAGUACAAAUUGCUGUUACAUCACCGCUCACUGCCAGCAUCCAACCCACCGUGCAAACAGUGAAUCUGGGCAAAACCGCAAACUUGAUUUGUAGCAUUUCGGGCUUCCCAAAACAGAGUGUUCUUUGGCUGAAGGAUGGUCAGCCACUGCGUUCCGGCGCGCGCGUUCGUCUACUCUCCACAGAGCACAUACGCAUUACGUCCAUUACGAAGGAAGACAAAGGGAUGUAUCAGUGUAUUGUGAAAAAUGAUUUGGAAUCGGCCCAAGCCACAGCGGAAUUGCGACUAGGAGAGGUAGCACCACAGCUAAUCUACAAAUUCAUCGAACAGACUAUUCAACCCGGACCGUCAGUUUCGCUGAAGUGUAGCGCCAGUGGCAAUCCAACACCGAAAAUCGUCUGGCACUUGGAUGGAUUUCCGCUACCAAAUAACGACCGUCUCAUGAUUGGACAAUAUGUCACAAUGUUUGGUGAUGUUAUAAGCCAUGUCAACAUAUCUGCAGUAAAGUCAGAAGAUGGUGGCGAAUACGAGUGCAAAGCAAUAUCACGGGCAGGUGAAGCAUCGCAUUCGGCACGCUUAAACAUCUACGGUAUGCCACGUGGGCGCAUGAUGCCGAAACUAUCUGCAGCGGCGGGAAAGACCCUUUUUCUUAAAUGCCCUGUGGUAGGAUAUCCAAUCGACAGCAUUAUCAUAGAGAAAGGUAAGCGUGCAUGUACGAGUUCAUAUUUAUUAAUUUGCAAGCGCACAUACAAAUAUGCACAUAACAUUCAUACGAACUUUGCUGACAGCUCAGC